CUUGGGCCAUUAAGCUUGCUGGAAAAGAAAGGCAAGUGGCGAGUGAGGAAUGCAGAGAAAUGAGAAUUCGUCAUUGGCUGAGUCCUUCUGAGGCAGGUGGCCCUGCCAAACGCAGAAGCUCCGGCAGAAAUUGCCACCGCAAACACGUCGAAGACGGGUAGUAAUAGCACUCGGUUUCAUUCUCCCACAUUCCCAAUUCUGAGCGUUAAGAUGAGUGAGAAAGAGAAAGGCAAUAAUAGUGAGGGACAGUCGACGUUGCUGCACGGCAAGUACGAGCUUGGUCGUGUGCUGGGGCACGGAACGUUCGCCAAGGUGUACCACGCGCGGAACCUGAAUACAGGGCAGCACGUGGCCAUGAAGGUGGUGGGAAAAGAAAAGGUGAUAAAGGUCGGAAUGAUGGAGCAGGUGAAGAGGGAGAUCUCGGUGAUGAAGAUGGUGAAGCACCAAAACAUCGUCGAACUCCACGAAGUCAUGGCCAGCAAGUCCAAGAUCUAUAUUGCCAUGGAACUCGUCCGCGGCGGAGAGCUCUUCAACAAGGUCUCUAAAGGCCGCUUAAAGGAGGACGUGGCAAGACUCUACUUCCAGCAGUUAAUCUCCGCCGUCGACUUCUGCCACAGCCGCGGCGUCUACCACCGCGACCUCAAGCCGGAAAACCUCCUCCUGGACGAACACGGCAACCUCAAAGUCUCCGACUUCGGACUCACCGCUUUCUCCGAACACCUCAAGGAGGACGGGCUGUUACACACCACGUGCGGCACGCCUGCGUACGUGUCGCCUGAAGUGAUAGCGAAAAAAGGCUAUGACGGUGCCAAGGCUGAUAUAUGGUCAUGUGGUGUAAUCCUCUACGUUCUCCUCGCAGGCUUUUUACCCUUUCAGGAUGAUAAUUUGGUUGCCAUGUAUAAAAAAAUUUACAGAGGGGACUUCAAGUGUCCACCCUGGUUCUCUCUUGAUGCCAGGAAGCUUGUCACCAAGCUUCUCGACCCGAAUCCCAAUACAAGGAUUAGUAUUUCCAAAGUGAUGGAGUCUUCUUGGUUUAAGAAACCGGUGCCGAGGAAGCUUGCUGCCGAAAAGGUGGAUUUGGAGGAGGAGAAGAUUGAGAGCCAGCUGGAGACCAUCAAUGCUUUCCACAUAAUUUCCUUGUCGGAGGGGUUCAAUUUGUCGCCCUUGUUCGAGGACAAGAGGAGGGAGGAGAUGAGGUUCGCCACCGCGGGGACGCCCAGCACCGUCAUUUCGCGGCUGGAGGAGGUGGCCAAGGCCGGGAAGUUCGACGUCAGGAGUAGCGAGACCAAGGUGAGGCUUCAGGGUCAGGAGCGUGGGAGGAAGGGGAAGCUGGCGAUUGCCGCGGAUAUCUACGCCGUGACGCCGUCGUUUAUGGUGGUGGAGGUCAAGAAGGACAAUGGGGAUACCUUGGAGUAUAACCAGUUCUGCAGCAAACAGCUUCGCCCUGCGCUUAAGGAUAUCUUCUGGAAUUCCUCCCAGAAUUCCGCACCUGCUAGUGCUUGAAUGAUGUCUGAUUCUCGUUUUUGUUCAGGAACUUUGAGUUGUUGAUAAGAUCUUUCUCUCUGUCGCCCAGAAUUGUGAUUGAGGAUAUAAAAAGAGAAUCAACAACGGAUGAUUCGAUAUGCAUGAAGGUUAAUUGAUUCUCUCAUGUUUGUGUUUCAAUUUGUUGAAAGUUACUUUCACCUUUUUCUUUUCUUUCAUUGCUGCCUUUGCUCUUUAUUUUGUUCCUUCUGUAGAUUAUUAUGUCCUUGAGCCUUCACGAGUCACGCCUGUGCCUAAUACAAAGAAUAGGAAUUCGACUUU